AUGAAACAUACAGCAUGGGUACCAGAACAGGACAGAACAGAAACAGGACAGACAAACAGGACAGACAGUAACAGGACAGACAAACAGGACAGAACCGGACAGAAACAGGAAAGACAACAGAUACAGAACAUGACAGACAGUAACAGGACAGAGAGAACAGGACAGAAACAGAAGCAGACAGAACAUUACAGAACAGAACAGGACAAGAAAGAAACAGGACAAAGAGAACAGGAAACAGAAAAGAAACAACAGAACAGGACAGAAACAGGACAGACAGAAACAGGACAGACAGAAGCAGGAAACAGAGAGAACAGGACAGAACAGGACAGAACAGACAGGACAGAGAAGAAGAGACAGACAGAACAGACAACAGGACAGAGAGAAAAAGGACAAAACAGGACAGAGAAACAUGACAAACAGAAAGCAGAAAGAACAAAGAACAGGACAGAAGAGAACAAAUGGACAGAAAACAGACAGAAAAGGACAGAAAAGAACAGGACAGACAGGACAGAGAGAAAGGACAGAAAAGAACAGACAGAACAGGACAGAACAGACAGGACGAGAGGACAGGCCCGACAGUACAGACAAACAGUGACAGACAUGAACAUGACAGAACAGACAGACAUGGAACAGGACAGACAAUAA